AUGGUUGUGGAAACUCGUUCGCGGAAGCGGAAGUUGAAGCCGGAUCCAACUUCUCGUGCCAAGAAAGAAUCGUCCGACCCCAGUGCGCAGUCUAGCAGUGGAGUUGACAACCAGACAGCGAAAGAACUACUCGCGAGGCAACAGCUGGGCCAUGAUGAUUUCAUCCAAGACUACCGCACUGCUGCCGCUCAAGAGAGAUCCCAGCUAGCUGAGAUGGUACAGAGUGGAAUACAAACCGGCAUGGAUCAAAUCGCCGGUCGUGUCGAAAGAGUCUUGAAACGAACUACCCAGACUUCAUUGCUUUUGGAGGUUGAAGACCUCAAAAAGCAGCUGGAAUCGGAGAAAAUUCAGCACAAAGUCCUCAAAGCCAAUUACGACAAUCUAGCUAGGAACUCCGACGAUCAAAAGAAGAAACUCCCGAAUGCAAUCAAACGAUCCAAGGAAUAUUACAAGGUGCGUAAUCAGAUACUCAACCUUCUGAAUGGCGGUGUCGAUCCGAUCGAGACGAAGGGUGAUGAAGUCAAGUAUGGAUGGAAUUGCAUUACUUUCAGAAUCAAACAAUUGGCUCUUAAACUGGUUGGUGCUUCGUCAGGACAGCCACUCGACGACGAAGUCACGCAGCGGCUACGACGUGUUUCGAAAGAUUAUCGCAAACAGAUCCAAGAUCCAGAUUUUCGCGAUUUGCUCAUGAGAGGCUACAUAUGGCUUCUUUUACAAGACAUUGUGUUUGACUCCAAAAAAGACUUUUGGGGCGGACCUGGUGUUAGAGCACUCAAGAUGGCUCAUGAUAACCUUAUCGCGCGUGUUGGAGAGACAGGAUGCGAUUUGGACGCCGAGCCGCCUGUUGCUCACAUCGCAGAAUGGUUAGCUAAAGGCUCAGAAACAAUUACAAAGCUCUGUAAAAAGGACAGCAUUGGCAUCGAUCAUGUGGUGGCCGUCGAGACCAAACGCCUGCGACCUUUUAUGGUUGAUCAUGACAAGACUGAUAAGAUGGUCUCGAAAGAUCUGAAAGACAUCAUCGACUCUGCGGUUGAGCUUGAUAUAAUUCGUAUGAGUUCCUUGUCAAUCUACGAUAUAUACUGGGGGGACCGGGCACAAGACUCAGGUAACUUGGAGCGAUGGAACCCAGAUCUCAUGGAAGUUGAAGGCUGGGAGCAUGAGGUGUCCCCAGAGAGCCAUGUUCAGUUCCGUAUCUCGCCUAUUCUUUACAGAGUCGGCACAUGUAAUGGUAACGCGUAUGAUCAAUUAAAUCUUCUGGCCGAGAGCCAUGUGGUCUGUGAUUAG